AUGGAAGGCCUGAUCCACUUGCUGCUGUGGCUCAGCUCUGCGGGUGCCAUUCUCUGCUCCUCGCGUUCCGAGUCUCCGGUCCCUUCCCUGCCACCUCCUCCUCUGACGCCUCCUGUUCCCAGACUCGAGAGGACUGGUGUCACCUCCCAGAGUGGCACUCUGGAGCCAGCAGCUUCCCAUGGUCUUUCCGGUGAGACCUCGGACGGGCAGUGGCUAUUCUCCACCUGCGGAGCUAGCGGGAGGCGAGGCCCCACGCAGGCGCAGUGCGACGGCGCGUACGCGGGCGGCAACGUGGCGGUGACCGUGGGAGCAGAGGGCUCCCUCCGAGGAGUGCAGCUCUGGAAGGUGCCGGCCCUCGACCGUUAUCUGAUCUCCGCCUACGGGGCUGCUGGAGGCAAAGGCGCCAAGAACCACAACUCCCGCGCCCAUGGGGUCUUUGUCUCGUCUAUCUUCACCUUACGUCAAGGGGAGCUGCUUUACAUCCUGGUGGGACAGCAGGGAGGGGAUGCCUGUCCUGGAGGGAGCCCGGAGAGCCAAGACGUUUGCCUCGGGACGUCUUCAGCAGCGGAGGAGGAAGAGAAGGCGGCUGGAGCCCCAGGGUUCCUGGGUCCCAGGCGCUGGGCUGGAGGGGGUGGGGGCGGUGGGGGCGCCUCCUACGUCUUCCGGCUGCAGUCCGGAGAACUGGAGCCCCUGCUGGUGGCUGCGGGCGGCGGGGGCCGAGCCUACCUGCGAAGGCUACAGAGAGGCCCGCUGGGGGCAACCGAAGAGAAGCUGGAAAACCGGACCUCUGCUCCCGGGAGUGGCGGGAGGGGCGGGGCCGCAGGUGGAGGAGGCGGAUGGAAAUCGGGGGCUUCCUCGGCACAGGGCGGUCGAUCGCUGCUGGAAGGAGCGGAGGGCGGCCAAGGCUGUCCCGGAGCCUGGGCUGCGCUCCGCUGGGCUCCAACUGGUGGCUUUGGGGGCGGGGGCGGACCCUGCACCGCGGGAGGCGGCGGCGGAGGCUAUCGGGGGGGUGAUACUUCAGAGACAGAUGAUCUCUGGACAGAUGGGGAAGAUGGUGUUUCCUUUGUACAUCCUAGCAGUGAACUCUACCUGCACCCUUUGACAGUCACGGAGAACCAUGGUGAGGUCCAUAUCAAGCUGCACCCUAACUGCAGCCACUGUCCUUUGAAAGAAUGUCAUUGGAAAGCUGAGCUCAGAGAAGCUGUUUGCAUGUGCCCAGAAGGCACCAUGUUGGUUGGAGAUAACUUUACCUGCACAGAACUGCCCACUCCUCUGAGUCCUAUUAUUCUGACCAUGGUGGUGGUGGUGGUGACUUCAACCCUGAGCCUUCUCUUGAUCUGUGGAGGUCUGAUAGUAGCACACCAGCAGAAGUGGUGGGGCUUGUGGGGGACAAGGCUGCCAGGGACCGAGUUCUCUCUCAGCAAACUUCGAACCUCAGCCAUCAGAACUGCCCCCAACCCCAACUACUGCCAGGUUGGGCUUUGUCCACCCCUGCCCUUGCCCCUCCCACCGGGACUUCUUGAGGUUCCCAGAGUCAAUAUCACUCUGCUCAGAGCACUGGGACAUGGUGCCUUUGGUGAGGUGUAUGAGGGGUUGGUGGUAGGCAUUGCUGGUGGCCCCACUUCACUUCAGGUGGCUAUCAAGACCCUCCCUGAACUCUGCUCCCAACAAGAUGAAAUGGAUUUCCUGAUGGAAGCUCUCAUCAUCAGUAAGUUCAGCCACCAGAACAUUGUGCGGUGUGUCGGGCUUAGCCUCCGGGCUACACCUCGACUCAUCUUGCUGGAGCUGAUGGCCGGUGGGGACAUGAAGAGCUUCCUGAGGCACAGCCGGCCUCACCUGGGCCAGCCUUCCCCUCUGACCAUGCAAGAUCUACUUCACCUUGCCUGUGAUGUGGCCCAGGGCUGCCACUACCUGGAAGAAAAUCACUUCAUCCACAGGGAUAUUGCAGCCCGGAACUGCCUCCUGACCUGCAGUGGGCCUGGCCGAGUAGCUAAGAUUGGUGACUUCGGGAUGGCUCGGGACAUCUACCGAGCAAGUUAUUAUCGAAAGGGAGGCCGUGCUAUGCUACCUGUCAAGUGGAUGCCCCCUGAGGCUUUCCUGGAGGGCAUAUUCACCUCUAAGACUGACUCCUGGUCUUUUGGGGUCCUGUUAUGGGAGAUCUUUUCACUGGGCUACAUGCCUUACCCUGGUCGCACCAACCAGGAGGUACUGGACUUUGUCAUUGGAGGAGGCCGGAUGGACUCACCUCGGAGCUGCCCUGGUCCUGUGUACCGGAUCAUGACCCAAUGCUGGCAACAUCAGCCUGACCACCGGCCCAACUUUGCUAGUAUCCUGGAAUGGCUCCAGUAUUGUACCCAGGACCCGGAUGUGCUGACCACACCUCUGCCAGCGGACCUAGGGCCAGCCCUGGAGGAAGAGGGGGUCUCUGUGCUGGGAAAUGGUCUCUCACACCCCCUGAUAGCCACUGGUGGCAUGAACACUUCCCAGCCUCAGGAGCUACGGGCUGACAAUCUUGAGACUUGGGGAGUGAGUUCCCCAGGCUCCAAGCCCCCUAAGCCUAGGGGGCUCCAGUUGCUGGACAAGAGGCACAGUCUAUGGAAUCCCACAUAUGGGUCCUGGGCCUCCCCAGGUGCUGAGGGUGAAGACUCAGGCAUUGAAGAGAGCAGCACUUCCUCCCCCAGCCCCUCCCCUACCUUUCCUAGCUACCCUGCUCCAAAUCCCACUUCCUCCCUGCCCCUGACUCACCCUCCCUACCCCACCCCCCACACUCACCCCUCCCCAUGUGAUGAUGGGUUAUGCUGUUUGUCAGGGUGGGAGCUGGGAGACAGAAGGGGAGUCUCUCAGGCUGACAUGGAGGCACCUAGCCCAGCAUAA